CUGUGGUUUGAAGUAGUCUGUUGCUGAAGAAGGAAAACAAUAUGGCGGCGGUGGAGCUAGAAUGGAUCCCUGAAACACUGUACAACACUGCUAUAUCUGCAGUGGUGGACAACUACAGUCGAUCUAGAAGGGACAUUCGCUCCCUUCCUGAAAAUAUACGGUUUGAUGUGUACUAUAAGCUAUACCAACAGGGCCAGCUAUGCCAGCUGGGAGGGGAGUUCUGUGAGCUGGAGGUUUUUGCCAAAGUUCUGCGAGCUUCUGACAAAAGACACCUGCUGCACCACUGUUUCCAGGCCCUGAUGGACCAUGGAGUGAAGGUGGCCUCCGUACUGGCCAACUCCUUCAGCCGCCGCUGCUCCUACAUUGCAGAGUCAGACGCCCACGUCAAAGAGAAGGCCAUUCAGUUCGGCUUCAUUUUAGGUGGCUUCCUGUCUGACGCAGGCUGGUACUGUGAUGCAGAGAAGGUGUUCCUGUCGUGCCUGCAGCUGUGCACGCUCCAUGACGAGGUGCUGCACUGGUACCGAGCUGUGGAGUGCUGCGUCAGGCUGCUCCAUGUCCGUAAUGGGAACUGUAAAUACCAUCAGGGAGAAGAGACAUUCAAGCUGGCCCAGUCCUACAUGGACAAACUAGCCAAACAUGGCCACCAGGCCAACAAAGCAGCGCUGUAUGGAGAGCUGUGUGCCUUGCUCUUUGCCAAGAGUCACUACGAUGAGGCCUACAGGUGGUGCAUAGAAGCCAUGAAGGAGAUCACAGAGGACCUGCCUGUCAAAGUGGUGGUGGACGUCCUCAGGCAAGCCUCCAAGGCCUGUGUUGUGAAGAGGGAGUUCAGGAAAGCGGAACAGCUGAUUAAACACGCCGUCUUUCUGGCACGGGAGCAUUUUGGACAAAAGCAUCCCAAAUACUCAGACACUCUGCUGGACUACGGCUUCUACCUACUGAACGUAGAUAACAUCUGCCAGUCAGUGGCCAUCUACCAGACGGCGUUGGACAUCAGACAGUCUGUAUUCGGGGGGAAGAACAUCCACGUAGCGACGGCUCACGAAGACCUGGCUUACUCCUCCUACGUACACCAGUACAGCUCUGGGAAAUUUGCCAACGCUCUAUUCCAUGCAGAACGUGCCAUAGACAUCAUAACUCACAUUCUCCCCGAAGACCAUCUACUCCUGGCCUCCUCCAAGAGGGUCAAAGCUCUGAUCCUGGAGGAGAUCGCCAUCGACUGCCACAACAAGGAGACAGAGGAGCGCCUGCUACAGGAGGCCUAUGACCUGCACCUGUCCUCUCUACAGCUGGCCAAGAAAGCCUUCGGCGAGUUCAACGUCCAGACAGCCAAACACUACGGAAACCUGGGACGCCUCUACCAGUCCAUGAGGAAGUUCAAGGAGGCUGAGGAGAUGCACAUUAAAGCCAUCCAGAUCAAGGAGCAGCUUCUGGGGCAGGAGGACUAUGAGGUGGCUCUGUCUGUGGGUCAUCUGGCCUCGCUCUAUAACUAUGACAUGAACCAGUAUGAAGAUGCUGAGAGACUCUACCGACGAUCCAUCUCCAUCGGUAAAAAACUAUUCGGUGAGGGCUACAGCGGUCUGGAGUACGACUACCGGGGGCUGAUCAAACUCUACAACUCAAUAGGGAACUAUGAGAAGGUGUUUGAGUAUCACAACGUCCUGUCUAACUGGAACCGACUCCGGGAUAGGCAGUUUGCUGUGGCGGAUGCCCUAGAGGAUGUUAAUACUAGUCCCCAGCAGACACAGGAAGUGGUACAGACCUUCCUACUGGCCCAGAGCUAUGGGCCCACACGAGCCUGCCUGGGCUGAGACACACACACACACACAGCAAGAAGCAUCCAGGAUGGGACUGGUUCACCAACCCCCUCACACCAAUCCAAGGAGCUAACUAUUUAUUUGACUUCUUUAAAGAAGAGAACAGAGAUUUUCAAAAAAGACUUACGUUUCAUCAUGGAAAUUUCACAAACCGCCACCCUUCUUUUUUUUAGUUAAUUUUCUUUUGCCUUUUUUUAAAUUUGGGUUUUGAUAACUUAUUUUGUAUCUGAACCAGUGUAGCUCUGACCACCAGGAGAAUACACUGUCUCUCUCUGUUGGAGACAUGGAAUACCCUACUAAGUUAUUUUGUCACCACAGCCCCCUCGUCGUAGUCAAUGGCCACGACGAGGGGACUGCACUAUAUAGGGAAUAGUGUGUCGUUUAGGAUGCAGACUGAGAAAUGUUUCUACCCACGUCCCUCCCAGGUGUCACCACAACGGAAGGACAAUUUGAACGAAAUGUGCCAUGAUUUAUGCAUAUAUACACCAUGACUGAUAGGGGGCGCUGUGUUGAAGUCACGUGCCUACAACUUGGCACUACCCAACCGUUGUCAAAAUGUUGGAAGCUAUAGAAAUGCAUUAAUGUCUACAUUUGUUUUUGCCACACUUAUUUUAUUAGCCACCUUAAUGCAUACCUUUAAAUUGUGAGAUAAAAAUGUAAAACAGAUUUUCUUCAAAGUAUUUUUUGUUGUUGUUGAAAGUUCUAAUGUUACUGUCCCCACUACAACAAAAUGCCUAAAUGCAUGUCAUUUUGUCCUUGAGAAACAUUUUAAUUUGAAAUACUGCAGAAUUCCAUUCAUUCUAUGGAGGGCUGCUUCUUCUGGGGAAUACCAAUAUGGCCGACCGGUGGCUUCAAAGCCUCUCAUUGGCCAAUACAUAGCAUCAGCAAUCCAGCUUUUUUUUUUUCUUUUUUUUUUUUCUUUUCUUCUAUACAUCAUUGGUCAAGAGCUUGUUGUGACUAAUACAGUGAACAAUAUUGCAGGUUUAUCCCAUCAGUUUGUUGUGUUCUAAAACAAACACUUCAGUUCCAUUUUACAGAUUAACUUUGGUCCUUUUAUGAAGGAUGGAUUUGACUUUUAAAGACUUUUUUUUUUUUUACUUUCGGAUCAUUUUUUGGAGGGGGUUAGUAAUCAGUGGGUUUAAUGUUACUCUAGUCACAUGACUAUUUUGUUUAAUUUAAUAUUGCUUUCCAUGCAGCGUAGUUCUGACAUAGCUUAAUUUAUAUGCAGAGUGUUUUUUUUAAAGCCCAAUGCUAUGGUUUCAGAAGGAUGAGCCAAAUUGAUUUGUGACCUAAGGUGGGAGACCAGUGUCCUCUCAACACCAUCCUGCAGUCUCAAAGGGUUUCCACCCACUCUUUUUUCAUUUUUUUCAUUGGAGUGAGUUUACAAGCAAUCCUCCCCUUGCCUGUCUCUUCAGAACCACAUUGAAAGUGUGUAGGGGUUGACAUUGGGUUAAAUACCACAGCGUUUUCGCUUUUGCUAGAUUACAUGUCACCUCUUUUGUCUGACUGUGGAGUCUUGUUUUUUUUAAUAUAAAAAAAAAAGCUUGACCUUUCCCUCCCAAAGCGCUGUAGGUAUCUGGAUGUCUGUUUUGUGCUAGUAGUGUGUCGGCAGUGUUAUUACUGUCUGCCCCGUGCUGAAGUCCAAGCCUUAGCCCUUAAAGGACACCCAGCUGCAGCAGCGCUCUGACCUUCUCUGGCUCCAACUACUCAUCUUUUUACGCCUUCUAUGCUUGCUACUAAACCCCCCUCCCCUCCCCCCUCUCUUCUUGUAACAACCUGACAGGCUGUCUGUGGGAAAAACAUAAGACUUUGACAUCACCUCAAGGCCUUAACUAUUGGAGUAGACAUACAGUACCUACCUGCCAGGGACCAUUUGACCAGCAGGUAAUUCACCUUUUUUAUUUAACUAGGCAAGACGGUUAAGAACAGAUUCACAUUUACAAUGAUGGCUUAGGAACAGUGGGUUAACUUCCUUGUUCAGUGGGAGAACGACUGAUUUUUUUUUACCCUGUCAGCUCGGUGAUUCGAUCUAGCAACCUUUCGGUUAUUGGCACAACGCUCUAACUACUAGGCUACCUGCUACAAGGUCUCAAGUGACCAACUGACCACUCUCUAGAACUAAACAUCUAUUCUAGAACUGUGGAAGGAAUGAAAUAGUGCACCCAGACCAUAUUAUAGACACCUUUUGGAAUGUCAUCUUCGGAAUGUAUGGGAAGACCUUUUUUAUAAAGAUGUGUGUGCAUCAUGUGACAAUAGUGGUGGUCCACAAUGUGACCUGCUGUGUUUUUUUGAAAGGGAACAGGAGACCAGCUGGGUUGAGGAGAGGGUAUGGAACUUCCUGGUUUGAUAAAGAUGGAUGACGAGUGUAAAGGGGAAAAAGCUAAAAUAAAGCUGUGAGCUCUAAAAAGAGUGGAAGUACA